AUGGCCUCGCUGCUGGCUUUCGAUGCCAUCAUCCUUCUGCUCACCUUGUACAAGGUUUACAGAAGUGGUAGCUACCGAUUCUUCAACUCCAACACGGUCCUUGGCACCAUUCUUGGCAAGAAGAACAGGAACCUGCACGAUGAGGACCCCAUGAAGCUCGCUGCCACCAAGGUCGCCGCAGACCUCAUUGGGCAAGGCUUGUACGACUUUAUCAUCCUCUUCUUGGUUGGUGUUGCUGCCCUAGUCAUCUGGUGCACCACGUCUCUGCCUCGAAUCUACAGGUCGCUUGGUGUCAUUGGCCUCGCAGCGGUCUCUGCCGCCCUCGCCGGUGGUGUCUUUCGGGAGACAGCACGUGCAGCAACAGCCUUGCAUGCGUUCAGGGACUUUGAGCUCAAGUUGCAGGCCAUGCAACAAUUGGCAGAGACGCAACACAAGGAGCUGGAAGCGCUAUUCUAUGCUCGUCGUUACCGUGAUGACGACGAGGACUAUGAUGCGCAAUCCAAAUUCACCGGCGAUCACUCGAACGCCUACCAUCGGGAAGCAACUACACCAGUUCCAUUGUCCGCUCACGAGAGUGACAGAAUCACCGUCAGCCGACAACCUUCUUACACUGGCGAGUUUCGGACUCCCACAGAAAAGGGCUGGACGGGCCCGCACACAGACGAUGGCUACACCAGCGAGCCUCUGUCACGCAAUAUGGUGCAUGAAGCCCAGCCUCUCAGCCCUACCGCCCCUCGUCCUCAAGAGGAGGUAUCGCCCAUUGAAGAGCUCGAGUACUCUCGCAGAGACUCGACCGAUCUGCACUCCGCAGCGCAUCUCAAUGCGCGCACCGCAGACCAGGACGAUUCGGACUCUGAGGCCACCUUUGGCAAGGGACUAGAGACUCGCAGCGAUUCCGACUUCCGUCGCUAUAUGAGACAGAAUGCUCCACCCUCUACACACCAGACGCGCAGUUUGAGAAGAGCCAAGAGAGGCCGCACAGUUUAUGGUGCCGACGAGCGCUUCCCAGACUUUGCAACCAGCCUGGCCAGAUCUACGGCCAUUGCCGCCGCGACCAACUCGCGCACGCAGCAGUUGGGCUUCAGCGCGGCCGCGGACGGGUCCAGGUCAGGCUCCGCUUCGGGCUCUGCUUACAAUGCUGGCGCAUCGGCCAGCAGCAGUAGGAACAAUUUACCUCUUGGCAUGUCCCUGGCUGCUUUUGAUGCUCCUUCAGAGGAAGGGUCAGAGGGGACGCACACGUCCUUUCCCCUUCCUCCAGAGCGCAGAGAUACUCUUGCCGGAGUGACCAUACUUGGAGGAGGCGUAGAGACGAACUGGUCCAGACCCACAACUCUGUACUCUGCUCAAAACUCUCUUCCUACCGCUCAUGGAGGCGCCGCUGGUCUACCGCAUCCUCCGCCCACAUACUCUUCUAGAACCGCUCUCAAUAUGCCCGGCAAUGAAGCGUACGAGAUGGGCAGCAGAGACGCAGCGGGCCUAAGCUCCUCUUUGCCGCCUCCUCGAAGACCUAGCAGGAAACCCGUUGGCAAUCGCGAAUACGGCGCUUAG